CUUUUAACUAAAUUCCUGCCUGUCAGAUGUAGGCCCCAUUUUGUGCACUCAAGCUUCAAGCUGUUGCAAAAAGGUCAAUCAGCAAUGGCUGCAGCAGAAAUUCCCAGUUACAUUGUUUCUUCUCAGACUGAGAAACACAGAAGGGCCAGAAACUGGACUGAUGCAGAAAUGAGAGGUUUAAUGCUGGUUUGGGAAGAAUUUUUUGAUGAACUGAAACAAACUAAAAGGAAUGCCAAAGUUUAUGAGAAAAUGGCUAACAAACUCUUUGAAAUGACUGGAGAAAUUCGCCACGGAGAGGAAAUAAAGAUAAAAAUUACAAAUAUGACAUUCCAGUACAGGAAAUUAAAAUGCAUGACUGAUAGUGAAACCGUCGCACCUGACUGGCCUUAUUAUAAAACCAUUGAUAGAAUCCUGUCUAAAGUAUCAGACCACAGUGAUGUGAAAAUGCAUGAAAGUCAGCAACCGGGCCCUUCUACAUCACAGACUGAGGCCUCGCAGUCUCCAUCAGCUAAGUCUACACCUCUGUACUUGCCGUAUAACCAGUUUACGUACGAAGGAAGGGAAGAAUGUUUUGAAGAUGAACAUUCAGAGAGCUCAUCAAGCUUACUUUCUUAUAAGUUGAGAGCUGAAGAAAGACCAGUUAAGAAAAGAAAGCUUCAAAGCUGUAGUUUCCAAAAGAAGAAACUAAAACUAAUGGAAGCCAUGUUGGAAGAACAAAAGAAGUUAAGCAGAGCUAUGGAAGAAACCUGUAGGGAGGUGCGCAGGAUUCUAGAUCAGCAAAACAUCAUUCAAGUUCAAAGCCUGCAGCUACAGGAGAGAAUGAUGAACCUACUGGAGAAAAUGAUCUCCAAGUCUAAUGUGUAGUUUCCUUUGUGAAUGCUGCUAAACUACACUAUUUAACAAUGUUAUAGAAAUCCACUAUCACACAACUUAUGUGUGUCUGUUGCCCUUUUCCCAUGUUUUCUAUGGAAAUUAAUAUCUUAGUGUAAUCCUAGUGAAACAAAGAGAACAGUUAAUGCAGGGUGAGAGCUAUUCAGGAUCUUGUGGAGUUAAGUAAUAACAGUGAGGAAAUUGGUGCAAUAUAUACCUAAUUGUAACUAUUUUUGUACUGAAUGAUUAAGGGACGAAUAGCUCUGGGAAAUGAAAUUUACUGUACUAUUUAUGCUAAGGUCAGGUAUUAUUUUACAAGCAGCAGUCUUGUGUACUGCUUCAUACCAAGGUCUGCAACCUGAUCUACUGUGGAAGAAUACAGUAGUGUAUUUUCCAGACACAUUCACUGCAUUUCUGACUUUGUCCAAGCCAGACUCAGUUUUGAAACACAUGCAGAGGUUGUGUGGCGUGAACUAUAAUUCUUGUGAAGAGCUAGUUGAGAUCACCAAACACAGGACAUUUUAAACUCCAUGCAAAAAUGAACAGUACUCAAAAAUGAAAUAUUAAAUAAUCUCCCAAAUACACUUUUGAUAAAAAAAAUAAAAACUAUAUACUGAAUACUAAACUGUAUUGAAAGUACUUGAAGUUGCUUUUCAUAUUAAAUGUAUAGUUUUUUUCAUUA